AUGGCAGGCCCGGCGAGCCUGGACAUUCCCUUCUACAUCGUGUUCUUGCUACACGGCGGCCUGCAGGCUGCUGUGGAUGUAAAGCUUGACUGGCUGGCAGCUUUGCCUGAUGCAGGAAUCACGCUGACCUGGGAUCUCCUUCUCAAUAACAGCAUCACCUACGAAGACGCAGAGGCGAUGUGGGACUUUUGGGAGAGCUUGCGGUGGAUUCGCUACAUCCGCAUCCUCCUUCUGAUCACCUCCAUCAUCGGGAUUAUUUUCGGGAUCAGAAAGCUCAGACUCAUGCGGAACGGUGGGGUCGGCAAGUCCUACAGUUCCCCUCCAUCGUACACUGGAGCUGCUCCCGUGGCGGUGGGAGCACCGGUGAUACUGGCUGCUACGGAAGUGCAGCCGCAGGGCAAUGAGCCUUCAAAUCAGCCUGUAUAG